AUGGCUCCAGCGCCUAAUUGCGAGAAUAAACACCAUGAGAGUCAACAGGCCUUUCUCGAAAUAGCAAUUUUCAACGCCUCCUCAGCGCAAAUAGCAUACACAUCCUGCGCCGACCGUCUGGAGCUCUGCGCCGAAGGAUCCAGUGUCAAUGGCGGAACCACACCUUCCCUCUCAACUUUAGAGUCGGUGAUUACUUCACUUCAAAAAAUAGCACAGCGAACUACAAUUUCUGGAGAAGAUCAUAUCACCAAUCCAGUGAAAAUAAAGAAGAGAUCAAUACCUAUAUUCGCCAUGAUCCGGCCUCGAGGCGGAGACUUUGUCUAUUCGGACGAGGAAUUUAAGGUUAUGAAAGAGCAGUUACUGUCAUUGAAGUCUGCUACUUAUCACCAAACCACCGGGAAGAAAAAUGACUCCCAGGAACAGAACUUAUUUGGGAAAGUCGAUGGUUUCGUAUUCGGUAUCUUGACCAACCACAAACUAGUCGAUCGAGAACGAAAUGAGGAAUUGGUGAAACUUGCGGCGCCGUUGCCGUGUACGUUUCAUCGCGCUUUUGAUGAGGUUAUUACAUCUUUUGAGAGGAGCGAUAUUUCGGCGAUUCGGCAGGAUGAGCUUCUCCCUAGAGGAAUUAUCGAUGAGUGUGAAGCUGUGAUCAAUGCCGGAUUUGCGUCUAUCCUUACUUCAGGCGGAAGUGGAAGGAGUGCAGUAGACGGCGCAAGACAUAUAGCAGCAUUGACAGAAGUAGCAAAAGAUAGAAUCGAGAUUAUUGCGGGCGGUGGUGUAAGGUCGACGAACGUCGGGGAAUUGAGGAGACAGAGCACUCACACACGUUUCUUUCAUUCCAGUGCUAUUUUAGCCAAGAGUGAUGGGCAAGUGAUGGAUGUUGCUGAUGCAGAUGAAAUUGUGAAACUAAAAAAGGAGUUGAUGGCUCCUUUGGGCUAG